CAUUUUCCUAGAAUUUAUAGAAAAAGAAAUGUAAGAAUCUUUUUGAUCGGAAAGAGUAUAGAAAUGGUAAAGCUUGGGAACUAAAUAAUUAUUUUCUCUUAACUAAGUAUAAGUAAUAACAAGAGAACCCCAAAGCUGAACUUUACCAAUUUUGCGCCAACAAAACAAAGGAAAUGGCAGCCUCUAAAGUUUUGGCGGCAGCGGCGGGGAAGUUAGGACCGAUGGCCCGACGACAGGCCCUAAGCCUAACAGACGCGGCAGCCGCUAGAAUACGCUACCUGCUGCAGCAGCGCCAGCGGCCUUUUCUUCGGCUGGGCGUUAAGGCUCGCGGUUGCAACGGCCUAUCCUACACUCUCAAUUAUGCAGAUGAGAAAGGGAAGUUUGAUGAUUUGGUUGAAGAUAAGGGUGUUAAGAUAUUAAUUGAUCCUAAGGCACUUAUGCAUGUUAUAGGAACAGAGAUGGAUUUUGUAGACGACAAGCUCCGAUCGGAAUUCAUUUUCAUCAAUCCCAACUCUAAAGGGCAAUGUGGUUGUGGAGAGUCCUUUAUGACAACCAGUAGUGGACAAGCUACUAAACGUGGUGGUAGUUAAGGAUUGUUACAGAAUUUCUUCUGGUUUCACUCUCAUGGCAAUCAUUUAUUAUUUCUAAGAAAUUAAGAUUGCCCAAACACCAUCACGUGGAAAAGAAAAUAAUACUGGGGUGUGAUAGCUAAUGGAGUUAGUAAAUCUUCUUUUUCUUCACUCAUUUUUAAACGAGUAGUUUUAUUGUACAUUAUGUAGAAUACAACUUGUGCAGGGUGCAGCAUUGUAAAUAUUCAGUGUUCAUCAAGGUUUUUGUAAGUUCAACGUUUCAUAGUUCUCUGUUAUAAACAAAGAGAUAAUAUGAUGCAUGUUUUUUGCCCUAGUA